AAUAAGCAUAUAGUUUCUGCCUCCUUUCACCAAAACUCCCUUAAGAGAUCAAACACAUCCCACAUGUUUUGGGCAAUGGCCGAAUCCAAAAUUUUCAUCUUCUUCACUAUCCUGUUUGCUGCAACUGCAACAAUACCCCGCUUGCUCGCUUCCGACCCCGACUUGCUUCAAGACUUAUGUGUCGCUGCGCCCUCCAAAGGCAUAAAAGUGAAUGGAUUUCCAUGCAAGGAUGAGGCCAACGUAACCGCAUUGGACUUCUUCUUCGCCGGACUAGCCAACGCCGCCGCCAUCAACAACUCGGUCGGCUCCGCCGUGACGGCGGCCAACGUCGACAAAAUCCCCGGCCUCAACACCCUCGGCGUUUCCCUCGCCCGUGUCGACUACUCCCCGGCCGGCGGCCUCAACCCGCCGCACGUGCACCCACGCGCCACCGAGAUCGUGUUCGUGCUCGACGGCGAGCUGGACGUGGGCUUCAUCACCACCGCCAACAAACUCGUCGCCAAAACCAUAAAAAAAGGCGAAGUCUUCGUGUUCCCCAAGGGCCUGCUCCACUUCCAGCGCAACAGUAAGGACAAGCCUGCCUCUGUUAUCGCCGCCUUCAACAGCCAGUUGCCCGGAACCCAGUCCGUCGCCGCCGCCUUGUUCGGGGCCUCACCCGCCGUCGACGACGCCGUCCUCGCCGGAGCUUUUCAGAUUGGUGGUGUCGUGGUGGGCCAGAUUAAAUCCAAGAUAGCCCCUAAGAAGAAGAAGUAAUUAAUUGAUUAAUUAAUUAAUGCUGCGUUUUCUGCAGGGAGAUUUUUUUUACAGCUACGGCUAAUAAUGAGAAUCAUUCUGUUUGGUUUUUACGGAUAUAUACGUGUACUUUUGAAGUAUUAAAAGAACGUGAUUUCAUCUUCUUUUUCCA